AUGAAAGAACCAUCGACAAAAACAUCUAUUCAAUUUCGAUGGUCAGUCUCCGCAAGUCAAUCGGAAGACAAUUCAUGUUUUUCUCUUCCUCCAAUAGUCAAAGUUUCUAUUUCGCCAUCAUCGAUCAAAACCUCAUCAACACCUUUACCACUGUUAAAUAAUCCAUCAAAGAAAACUGAAUCAUUUAUAUCUGCAAAUACGAACCGACAAAUGUGCCCAUUGACACUAACUUAUUCACAAUUGUAUCGUUCACAGCAUCCAGCACCGAAAAAGAAGAUCUCUGAAACACAAGUUUCGAUCUAUUCGAUAUUGAACAGAAAAUCAAGCCAGACUCUUCACGCUGCAAGUUUGUCUGAAUCGACCGAUGUACAACAAUCAUCCCUUGAACAGUAUAAACGUCUACGCACUCCUCAACUACGACGUUUACACGUUUCUGAGAAGAAUAUCAAGGAAGCCAAGAAACUCUAUUUCAAUCCUGCUUGUAGAGUCUUCGUACCCUUAUCUUCGAUUGUGGAGGCGUCUUGA